AUGAGGGUGUUUGUGUUAGCUCUUGCAGUGGCCCUUGUGGCUGCCAACCAGGGAAACCAUGUUCCAGAGUUUGCUCCAGACCAGAUCUACGUCUACAAAUAUGAAGCCAAACUCAUGGGAGGCAUGCCUGAAGAGGGCCUUGCUCGAGCUGGAGUUAAAAUCCUGAGCAAAGUUCAGCUUCAUGCUGACAGUUCCAACAAUGUCACUCUGCAGCUGGAUGCUCCACAGUUCUUUGAGUACAAGGGAAAAUGGGCCAAAGAUGAUUCCAUUACAGCCAACUUCACUCAACACUUGACACCCGUCAAGUUUCAGUACACCAAUGGUAAUGUUGGUAAAGUGUAUGCACCAGCAGCUAUCCCUAAAACUCUGCUGAACAUCUACAGGGGAAUCAUCAACAUCUUUCAAAUAAAAAUCAAGAACACCCAGAAUGUGUACGAACUUCAAGAGCUUGGAGCUCAGGGUACGUGCAAGACCCAGUACAUCAUUUCAGAUGAUCAAAAAGCUGAGCGUAUCUAUCUGACCAAGACCAAGGACCUGAACCAAUGCCAAGACAAAGUUGUAAACGACAUCGGCUUGUCUUACAUGGAGAAAUGUCCCGAGUGUGAGAGAAAAUCAAGGGCCCUGAAUGGAGCGUCUUUCUAUAACUACACACUGAAACCAGAAGCCAACAGUGCUCGACUCUUGGAAGCAACAGUUACAGAGAUUUACCAGUAUGCACCUUUUGAGACCAUGCAUGGUGGUCCCCAGAUGGAAUCUAGGCAAAACCUGAUAUACCUGGAGCAAAAGAGUGCUCCAGUGGAGUCCAACAAAAACACAGAGUACAAUCAGAGCAGCACCCUGCUGUAUGAAUUUGGCAGCGAGGUCUACCAGACCCCUUUCAGUCUUUUGGAUCCUUCCAGUCGUUUGGAGAGAAGUGAAUCUCAGUGGAAUCAGAUUGUGAGCCAUUUGGGGAGUUCUAACAGAGACAGGGUCCAUGAAGAAAGUCCUCUCAAGUACAUUGCGCUCAUUCAGCUGCUGCGUGAAGCUCAAUAUGAAAGAAUCCUGACUGUCUGGAAUCAGAUCAAAGAUAACCAAGAUCAGAGGCACUGGAUUCUCAAUGCCAUUCCUGCCAUUCGUUCUCAUGUUGCUCUGCAGUUCGUCAUGGACAGGUUUCUUAAAAAAGAGCUGAGUUCUCUUGAAGCUGCCCACGUUCUCCUGGUCUCUGUUCACUUAGUGAAAGCUAGCAAUGAAGCUAUCAAGUUUGCUCAGGAUAUGAUUCAAAAUGAAAAAUUCCGAGAACACAGCGUUCUGUGGAACAUUGUCUUGCUGGGCUAUGGUACCCUGGUGGCAAAACAGUGUGUGGAGAACCCAGGCUGCUCUUCUGACCUUGUAAAACCUUUCCAUGAACGUCUUGCCCAGGCUGUAGAAAGACAAGAAAUUGAGAAGAUCAUUACCUCUCUCAAAGUUCUGGGUAACGCUGGACAUCUUGCUAGCUAUAAACCAAUCCAGAAAGUCUUGCCUGGAUUUGGCAGUACUGCUGCUAAUCUCCCUCUCAGAGUUCACAUUGAAGCUGUUCUGGCCCUGAGGAACAUUGCUAAGAAUCACCCCAGACCGGUCCAGGAAACAGUCAUUCAACUGUUUAUGAGCAAAGAACACCAAGAACUCCGUAUGGCUGCUGCUAUUGUCCUGUUUGAGACAAAGCCCUCCACUGGUCUGGUGAUGACACUUGCCAAUGCCAUCGCCAAAGAAAAUAAUGACCAGAUCUCCAGUUUCAUCUACUCUUACAUGAAGUCCAUGACUAAGAGUGCCGCUCCUGACUUUGAGUCUGUUUCUGCUGCCUGCAGUCUUGCCAUUAGGGUCCUCAGCCCCAGACUGGACAGACAGAGCUACCGCUACAGCAGAUCUCUCUAUGCUGAUACCUACAACUAUCCCUGGAUGGUUGGUGCUGCUGCCAGUGCCUACUACAUCAAUGAGGCCGCAGCUUUUCUACCAAAAACUGUGGUUGCCAAAGCCCGUGCUUAUCUGGCCGGAGCUUAUGCUGAUGUUCUUGAGAUUGGCGUGAGAAGUGAGGGAAUCCAGGAGGCCUUGGUGAAAAACCAGAACAUUCCUCAGAAUGAGCAAAGGGUCAACAAGAUGAAAGCAAUCCUUAAAGCUCUGUCUUCAUGGAAAGCUGAACCAUCAAGCCAGCCUCUUGCCUCUGCAUAUGUGAAAAUCUUCGGACAGGAAGUUGCAUAUGGCAGCUUUGAGAAUCUUAUUGUUGAACAGAUCAGUGAGGUAGUGUAUCUACCAGGGUUUCAUUUGACCAAUAGGAAGGUCCUUCAGAAGCUGAUGUCUGGUUACAAACAUUAUUAUGCUCAACCACUGCUGCUUAGUGAGAUUCGUCGCAUCCUUCCCACUGCUAUUGGCUUGCCUAUGUCACUCAGCCUGUACACCUCUGCAGUGGUUGUUGUACCUGUCAACGUUACAGUCAAAGUGGACCCACCACUUGCCAGAGAGAACUUCCGUCUUGCCCAGCUUCUUAAGUCUGACAUCAGAAUGAGCGCUGUAAUCACUCCAAGUGUCUCUGCUCACACCUAUGCAGUUAUGGGUGUUAAUACUGAUCAGUUCAAGGCUGCUGUAAUGUCAAGAGCCCGUGUUCACUCAGUUGUUCCUGCAAAGAUGGAAGCAAGAGUUGAUAUGAGGAGCAACUUCAAGCUUGAGCUUUUGCCUGUUCAGGGAAUCACUAAGCUUGCAAAGCAGAGUAUACUUGAGACUUUUGCUGUUGUAGGAAAUAUGAAUGUUACCACACUCACACCACUGAUUCCAGCUGAAGUUGCGAUAGGGCAAUCAUCGGAGGCUCACAAAUCACAGGCUUCAAGGAUGGCAUCCUCCUUGUUUGGUAGUCAAAUCAUCUGAACUCCGCAUCCAGGCCCAAAACAAAAAGGUGACAUCCCACUCCCCAAAAGCAUUGGGAAGAAAAGAUGCUUGGAAAAGCAAACCUUUGGUUAUAAAAUAUGUGGUGAGACUCAAGCUUACAACGCUUCCUACAUCAGGGCAUCCCCAUUAUACUCUAUGAUUGGAAAGCAGUUGCUGAACUUGCAAUUACUCCAGGCAACAACUGGGACAGCCGUUGAGAAGAUUGCAGUUGAAAUUCAAGUUGGACAGAGAUCAGCAGAUAAGAUCAUGAAAGUUAUUUCCAGGAGUGAGGAAGAGGAAAUCCUUGAGUCCAAGAAUGGUCCUACUGAACUGAAGAAAAUCCUGAUUCCUGGUCUAAACAAUGGCACAUCAAGUUCCCCAGCGCGAGCAGCUCCUCAAUCAACCAGCUCUAGCUCUAGCAGCUCACGCUCAAGCCUCUCCAACUCUUCAUCUUCCCAAUCAAGCUCCAGCUCCUCAUCCCGCAAAAUACAGAACUCAGCUGCUGGAAGCAGGCGGCGUUCUAAACUCUCGCUCCCAGCAAGCGCUUAUCACAGGACAAAGAAGUCCAGCAGCUCAUCAAGGAGUAGUUCAAGCAGUCAGUCAUCCAGCCAGUCCAGAAGCAUUCCUCCUCUCAAGUUCAAGCUCCCAGUCAAAGGUGGGUCAAAUUCACCUUCUAUCAUUAAAAAAGGGAAAAAAAAACAUAAAUUUGUCAAGAACCACAUCCACCAGCAUGCCCUCUCCACAGGCCGUGCCAACAGCAAGAGCAGUGCUUACAGUUUUGAGACCAUCUACAAUAGGCUAGUUUAUCACAUCAAAUCUGUUGCUCCAAUUGUGACCGUUCUCAUCCGGGGUGUGACAGCUGAAGCACAGGGGUACCAGAUUGCAGCUUAUGUUGAUAAAGUCACUUCUAGACUGCAGGUUAUUGUUGCCAACUUGGCUAGAGACAACAACUGGAGACUCUGUGCUGAUGGCGUGGUGCUCAGCAACCACAAACUGAUGGUAAAAGGAUGUUGGCUGGGCUCUGAAUGCAAACAAUACAAGGCUGAGAUCACAGCUGAAACUGGUGUUGUGGAUCAAAAGCCAGCAGCCCGCCUUAAAAUGAGUUGGGAGAAACUUCCAAGUCGCAUGCAGUUGUACAUGAAGUGGUUGUCAAAAUUCAUUGGCCUCAUGGCUGAGGAAAGUGGACUGAGCAUUGCAAGGACCAAGUACCUUCGAAACCAGAUCAAACUGACAGUAGCUGCUGCUUCUGAGAAAAGUGUUAAUGUUGCACUGCAGACAUCAAAGACUACCAUCUACACUGGAGUGGGUCUCCCAAUGUCCUCUGCCAAUUGGACAUCUGCUUAUGAUGUGAACACAGACCAGAACUUGGCUGGCAACAUCAUUAAUCUGGUUGCUAAGGCCACUUCAGAUGAGUGCAGAAUUUUCCAAGACAAAGUGAGAACAUUCAAUGGCAAUUCAUUCAGCAGCGACAUACCUCACCUUUGCCCACAGAUCUUGUCCCAAGAUUGUACAGCUGAAUUGAAAUUCAUGGUUCUGCUGAAGAAAGACCAAGCAACCAACCAAUAUGAGGUCAAUGUGAAGAUUGGACUCAUCAAUGUUGACUUCUAUCUGAAGAAUGGUGCUGUCAAAGUCAGUGUUGAUGGAUCAGAAAAUUACCAGAUUCCGUAUGAGCAUCCUAAUGGCAAAAUUUCAAUCCGACAAAGAAGUGAUGGCGUUGCUCUCGUGGCUCCAAGCUUCGGUCUUCAGGAAGUAGAGUACACCAGAACGGACUUAAAGGUUCAAGUUGCACACUGGAUGAAGGGAAAGACUUGUGGGCUCUGUGGACCAGCUGAUGGGGAGGUCAGACAGGGGUACCGCAAACCAGACAAAAGCCUGACCAGGGACCCAGUCAGCUUUGCCCAUUCCUGGGUUCUGGGUGGAGACAGCUGCCGCGAUACUACUCAGUGCUUGAUGAGACUUGAGUCGGUGAAGCUGGAGAAGCAGGUCAACGUCUUUGGCCAAAAUUCUAAAUGUUACUCUGUAGAACCUGUGCUGCGCUGCCUGGCAGGCUGCAUGCCAGUGAGAACCACCACCGUCAGUGUUGGCUACCACUGCGUACCCUCAGAUUCCUACAUGAGUCGCCCUAAUAGUCUGAACAGCAUCCAGGAGAAGAGCAUUGACCUGGUGGAAGCCACAGAGGCCCACGUCGCCUGUCGCUGCACGGCUCAGUGCUCUUAAUCUAUUGCUGUCA